AUGCUCCAACACAAAAUGAAUGACAGGGAGGAGGAAAUGUCCGAGGAUUUCCGAGAGGAAAAACAGGUGGAGGAGAAGGACAGGAUGGACAUUUCCCCGCUCUCUGUCACCAGACAACAAUUUGACAAUUUGACCCUCCAUUCAACAUUCUCGGUACAGCAGAGGAAGCGCUCUAAGAUCCGGACAAGUCGAUUUAGUCCAACCCAAAUUGUCAAAUUCCACAAUUUGACCCUUGAUUCUCCAAACUCGGAACAGAGGCAGCCAUUGGCGGAAGCUAACAAAUAUGGGUUCAAAACUCCCAAAGGGAAAAGACAUUUGAGUCCAGGCCUUAACACCAAGCGAGAAGUUUCUAGUGAUCCUCAGAGGCAUGGAGGCUGCAAACGGAGUCGAACCAACCCGUCCAUGUCCUGGCAUUUUGGCCAUCCUGAAGAGUCUUCUGUCAAAAGCCAAGUUAGAGAAAUCCCAGAGAAUCUAGAAGCCGAAUGUCCCUUCUUUAUGAAGUCCAUGAUACGAUCAAAUAUUUCCGUUUGCUUUAUGUUGACACUGCCUAGGAGAUUCUGCAACUUGCAUUUACCUGUGCAUGGUACAGCAACAAUAACAUUGGAAGAUAAAGAAGGGAAAGAAUAUGAAACAAAAUUUCUUGCGGACAAAAGGACGCUGAGUGGUGGAUGGAAAGGAUUUAGUCAGGCAAAGGACUUGCGUCUUGAUGAUGUUCUAGUUUUCCAGUUGGUUAGCCCUUUGAAGUUCAAGGUGUACAGAUUGAGACCAGAAUAUGAUCCAAGUGAAGAUGAUGUAGAUGCAGCUUUUGUCCUCUUGAAAAUGAGUGCCUCUGAACAAACACUGUUUGAGGAAAACCCUCCAAUGCAGAGGAAAACCCUGCAAACCUGACAAGCUAUUCAUUUGUAGAUGAUGAUGAGUCUGAGGAUCAGAUUACAGAGAUAAGGAAUUUGGCUCCAAUCACGGUGGUGGAUUUGAUCCGGCCAGGACAAGCUGCUGAUUUUGAAGAUGUUAGAAGUUAUGAGAAUUUCGCCAGUACGUGAAUGAUGAGAAGGUGUAUAGGUUUAGGAGAUGACCCAUAGAAUUGAGAAACGGUACACAUACAAAAACGUACACAAGACCCCUUAUGCUUUUGAGGAUCUUAAUUACUUGCCAAGAUGAAUCCUAAAUGUUGAUAUAUAGGAACUCCACAAACUUCAGCUGA